AUGUCACAUCGGCUAGGUGGAAGUUAUUCUGUUCCAAAUGAGUUAAGGCAGGAGUUACAGCAGUCUGCUGAAGUUGAAGGUUCAGAUGAGUUAGCUACAGUUGAAAAAAGCAAGAGUAUCUAUGAGAAGGAGGACGUUUAUCAUCGAAAGAGACUAGAUAUUGUAGCUGGUAAGAUCAAUAGUGAGCAAGGCAAGAUUAGGAAGCGUGACGUUGAUGAAGAGGUGGUUAAACCGAAGAAGAAGUCGAGAUGGGAUGUUCAAACCUAUGAAGUUCCUUCAUUAGAAGCCUCUAAGGAGUUACAUGAAAAUGCAGAGGCUACCUCAAUUCCAGAUGUUGCAAUUGCACAGAAUUUAAGAUACUUCAAGCCUUCUGAUCGUAAAUACUUUCCUGAGGUUUUGGAAUUAUCUAAUAAAAAGGAAAUGACUGUUGAAGAACUGAAAGAGAAAUCUUUAAUUGGACUUUUACUGCGUAUUAAAAAUGGGAAUAGUGCCUCUAGAAAAGUUUCCAUCCGUUCACUGAGUGAUAAGGCUGAAGAGUUUGGUCCAAAACUUAUCUUCGAUAGAGUUCUACCAAUUCUUCUCGACAAAUCUUUAGAGGACCAAGAGAGACAUUUAAUGAUUAAAGUCAUAGAUCGAGUACUAUUUAAAUUAGGCCAUCUUGUAAGACCAUACGUGACAAACAUUCUCCAAGUUACAUCCCCGUUAUUGAUUGAUGAGGACCCAAUAACAAGAGCUACGGGUAGAGAUAUUAUAUCGAACCUAUCUAAUGCUGCCGGGUUUGCAACAAUGAUUACCGCGAUAAGACCAGAUGUUGAAAAUGAUGAUGAGUAUAUCCGUAAUUUAGCAUCGAGAUCCCUGGCAGUGGUAGCCAAAACUGUUGGCAUACCAUUAAUGAUACCAUUUAUAAAAGCUGUCUGUCAUUCCAAAAAAUCUUGGAAGGCUCGUCAUACUGCUUCAAAGAUAAUAUUACAAAUUGCAAAUCUGGCGGGAAUUGGAAUUCUGCCUCAUUUAGAUGGGUUAGUAAAUUGUAUAUCUGAUGGUUUGAAUGAUGAACAUAUUCAAAUUAGAACUAGCACUGCAAAUGCUCUUUCAUCUUUGGCACAAAAUUCAUACCCCUAUGGGAUUGAUUCCUUCAGUGAAGUAAUAGAACCGUUGUGGAAAGGUAUACGAUCACAUAGAGGGAGGGUCCUUGCAUCAUUUUUGAAGUGUAUGGGAAGCCUGAUACCUCUCAUGAACAAUGAUUAUGCUGGAUAUUACACACAGGAAGUAAUGAGAGUUGUUCAACGUGAAUUUUCUUCUCCUGACGAGGACAUGAAAAAGACAGUACUGGUAGUAUUACAAAACUGUUGUAAGACCGAAGUUCUUACCCCAAAAUACCUACGAGAUACUGUUGCUCCAGAAUUUUUCAAACAUUUUUGGUUGAGAAGAACUGCCCUAGAUAAACAACUUAACAAAGCAGUUACUUAUACUACCGUUGUCCUGGGUGAAAAAAUUGGAUGUUCCUUUAUUAUUGAAAACCUAAUGGGUCCACUAAAUGAUGAAGCUGAACCAUUUCGUACCAUGGCUGUCCAUGCCAUAAAUAGAGUUGUCAAACAGUUGGGCACUGAUGAAUUAAACGAGAGACAAGAAACAAAACUGAUAGAUGGACUACUUAUAGCAUUUCAAGAACAGAAAAAUAAUGACACUGUUAUAUAUAAAGGAUUCGGUACUGUUGCCACUUCAUUGAAUACAAGAAUGAAACCUUACCUAUCACCUAUUGUUAGUACUAUACUUAAUCAGUUAAAGCAUAAGGCACAAUAUGUUCGUGAGAAUGCUGCUGAUUUAUGCUCUAUAUUAGUUCCUGUAAUCAAAAAUUGUUCUGAAGACCAAAUGCUAAAUAAAUUGAAUGUCAUUUUAUAUGAAUCGCUAGGAGAAGUCUACCCUGAUGUAUUAGGAUCUAUAAUUGGGGCCAUACAUCAAAUUGUAUUAACAAUGAAACUAGAUCUAUUACAACCUCCUGUGAACCAAAUUUUACCAACAUUAACACCAAUUCUGCGUAACACGCAUAAGAAAGUUCAAGUUAACACCAUCAAUCUGGUAGGUCUAAUCGCUCGUAUUGGACCAGAAUAUGUACCCGCAAAAGAAUGGAUGAGAAUAUGUUUUGAGUUGUUGGAAUUAUUGAAAAGUACAAAUAAAUCAAUUAGAAAGGCAGCUAAUAGAACGUUUGGGUACAUUGCCAAAGCUAUUGGUCCUAAUGAUGUUCUUGUAGCAUUAUUAAAUAACCUUAAAGUCCAGGAACGUCAAUUACGUGUUUGUACAGCUGUUGCAAUUGGUAUAGUAGCUGAUGUCUGUGGGGCAUAUACAGUUUUACCAGCUAUUCUUAAUGAGUAUAAAACUCCCGAAACUAAUGUGCAGAAUGGUAUACUUAAAGCGUUGGCGUUUAUUCUGGAAUAUAUAGGAGAAACAUCUUCUGAUUAUAUAUAUUUCAUCGUUCCAUUAUUGGAAGAUGCUCUAACAGAUCGUGAUUUGGUGCAUAGACAAACAGCAGCUGAUGCAAUUAAACAUUUAGCCUUAUAUUGUUCGCGUACUGGUAAAGAAGAUGCAUUUAUUCACAUAUUGAAUCUGUUAAUGCCAAAUAUCUUCGAAACUUCUCCCCAUGUUAUUGUUCGUAUUAUAGAUGCUUUAGAAGCCACUAGUUUAGCUAUUGGUCCAGGGGUAUUUAUGAACUACGUGUGGGCUGGCCUUUUCCACCCAGCUAGAAAUGUAAGAAAGUCGUUUUGGAAAUUGUACAAUAAGCUUUAUAUACAGCAUGGGGAUGCUCUUAUCCCAUAUUAUCCAAAUGUUGCAUCUUCUGAACUUGGCAUUGAAGAACUUGACAUUGUUCUAUAA